AUGACUGCGGUCAUUCAGAUCCGAGAGACCGAAUGCCUCGCAGAGGGCAAAUGGCGGGUGAUGCUGACUUGUGAUUCGAGACUCAUCAAAUGCACACUCACUGAUCCCUUUUCCUUAUCUGAGAAGGCCCGUCUGAAAUGGAUCCUGGAAGAUUAUCCAACCAAAUUCCCGUUCGAUCUCGACCGUGUCGAAGAUAUCAUAGGCGAAAUUCAACAAUACGCAGAAUCGAUUGUAAAGCAGUUGAGUCUCAGAGAAUUCGUCAAAGAAGCUUUGGUCUCAUGCCAACCCUGCACAAAUGUGCUGAUUGAGAUCGUCGAGUGUGCGACAAGCUCCGCCUUCCAUAGCCUUCAUUGGGAACUACUUGAACCUUGGCUUGACAUCGCUGGUGCACAGUCCGUGGAAGUUCGCAUUCUUGUUUCUCGGGUGGUCCUGAGCGCUCAAGACAAUUAUGCCAAUGGCACGAUCCAAAAACCAUCGCCACGUGGCGACCAAGGCAAGUACGGCCCAAAGAUCCAGAGGAAGUACAAUAUACUUCUUGUUAUCUCGAGACCGCGGCAAAGGAGAGAUGAUAUCGAUCCCUUGCUCGGUGCGAAGGCUCUCAACGACAUCAUCUGUGAGUUGUUUUCUGGCUCGACAGACGCCCCUGUGAACCUAGAAAUUGUAAGGCCAGGCUCAUGGAAGGCCUUUGAGUCAUAUAUCCGUGAACGGACGGAAUCCUGGUGGCGCGCAGGAGGUCACGGAAGCUGGUUUGAUGUCGUACACUUUGAUGUGCACGGAGUUAUUCACAACGGCUCUCCGGGUCUACUGUUUCUAUCCGCCUCUGGCAAAACUCUCUUACGGUCCGCUGACCUGGUCGCGGAAGUACUUGUCCGACAUAUGGUGCCUUUCGUAGUCUUGCACGCUUGCGAGUCUGCGAAAGCUACGACACAACGAACGAACCUCGCCAAGAUACUUGUCGAGCAUGGAAUCGUUCGGGUUGUAGCCAUGUCUUAUAAACUUACCGCUACUGCGGCUCAGAUUUUUGUGCGCACCUUCUAUCAUCAUCUCCUUGCCGGCACAGCAAAAAGUCCAUUACCGGCUCUUCACGCUGCUCGUUCCGUGCUCUUUACCAAUCAAGUACGAAUCGGGAAGUUGGACCAAGAAGUGGUUUUGCCAGACUACCUCGUGCCGGUCAUGUACGUCUCGGCGGAUGAUACCGCAGCACAUGCAUCCUCAGAUGAUGUCCUCUCCAUGCCGUUGCCCCAGGUCAAACUACCCGAAGCUUCUCAGAGCUUCGGUAUGUCUUUCGUGGACCCGAGAUUGACACAUGAUGUUCUUGGGCGCGAACAAGACAUUUUGGAGAUGGAGUGGUUACUCCUUCGCGAAGGCCAUCCGAACAUUGCAUCGAUAACCGGUCCUGUGGGAGUGGGCAAAACCACGCUUGUCCAAUUCCUGGGCAACUGGUGGAAGAAGACAAGGCUGGUAUCAAACUUCAAGUAUUGGUCGCUCAAACACCACGCUCCAACGACAGUCAUCCGAUACCUCCGUGCCUGGGAUGCGAGUCGGCCGACGCACGACUCUCAGUACCCGCGUCUAUUCAUCAUUGAUGACAUCGCUGCGGUGACUGGGACAGGCCUGGAUGACGUCCAGAAGCACCACUUGACGGAAAUCCUCACAAGGUACCGAAACCGCAGAGACCUCGUUAUACUAGUGUCCCGUAUCCCAGUGGAUUGGUUACGGCUGGAAGACUAUCAGGAGUAUCAACUUAAAGGGCUCUCCAACUCGGAUGCCCUCGCCCUCGCAUCACGAAUCCUGAACGAAAUUGGUUGGGGAUCCUUUCUGGAAGAGCGGGGAACACUCGACCAGAUGGAAUGCUUUGCCAGCCGCAUGGACUUUAACCCACUUUCGAUCGAUUUCUUCCUUCGCGGAUCCAAAGAUCACGUGGAUUGGAUGCAACGGAGCGGCCUGGUCGCAUCAGCCGAAUUCACAUGGGAUCGUCCGGAUAACAUCCUACCAGAUAACCCUGAGCGACUUUUACAUUUCCUUUUGUUAGCGUGUGUGAACGAUCUCCACGAGUCAGAGGGCCUGCCGCAGUGUCGCGAGUCGUUUGACUACAUCAGAGCGCUAUAUGACGGUGACGAUACCAGAGCACAGCUCGUCUUACUAAGUCUCUUACCGUUCUGUGGCAUUUAUUGCGAGGACUGGUACAUGACGGCAAGACACUUUUGGAUUACAAGACCAGGGAGUACGUGGACAGUGCCUGGGGAGCAUUACUUCAGACAAUUCGUCACAGAAAAGCUCCUGGGUCCCGGUUGGGCUGAGCACAUCGGAAGCAUUGCUACGGACGACGGUACACAGUACAGGUGCAUCAGGAUCCAUCCCGUCUUCAUCAAUUCCUUGCGGCUCAUGGUCAUGCUCUCUCCUAACCUCAAGUCCCUGUCCGAAAAGCUAUGGCUUCACUUUGUUGUCCAUGAGACUACCUGGGCGUAUCUUCGCACCGACUGGGCAAGAUGGAGGGAAUGGCGUAGACAGGUGCAGAUGCGGGCAAUAAGUCUGCUGACAGCUUGCACCUUGGGCUUCAAUCUCGCAGUCCUGAAUGAUGGUCGCAUUGUACAGCCCUACUACGUCCACAUCAUACUCAAUCUUCUCUGGUUUACAGCCAUUGGGAGUAGUACGCCAGCUCUGACGCCAGCCAUGCUAUCCUUGAAGAUGGAACAGCUCCUCGAUUUCGUAGAGAAGCGGCUUAUCGCGGGCAAGAAGGAUGUGUGCAAUAUCCACAACACGGACCACGUGGGAGCAAAUAUCGACGUGACGCUACGCACAUGCGACGCACUCUCGAACCACUUUCAUGAGAAGGCACAUCAGAAAUCUGCGGAUAUCUUAAAGAGGCUCGUGAAGCAGGUUGCCUUGGCCGCGAGACGCGACGAGAACUGGGACCACAACGAGCGCCGGUUCUCGCUUGCCAGGUGUUUGGCGACAUUCAGUUACUGUUCCCUGCGACGGAAUGAGUUCAAAAGAGCCAAAAAAUUGGCCUCGUUGGCUCUCCGUUGCCAUAAAUCCGGAGUGUCCGCACAGGAGAGAGUACGCGGCAUUGGACUUCGCAUGAAAUCGUACUACAUACUCUGGAUUGCUGCGAUUUUUUCCGAGGGCAGCUCAUCAACUGUAGAGUGGUACGCACAAGAGGCGAAGGCUGCCUUAGACGACCGGAAUAAAAUUACGGACGUUGACUUCGCGGACAUUCGCCCACAACUUCAAUUGGUAGAAGACCUAGAUUGUGUUCUUAGCAGCGGGGACCAAGAGGUUCGCAAAUACCUCUCCGAGACGCCGGAAGCAGCAAAGAUCCGAAGAAUAGUUGAGCAGGGAAACAUUGAUGCAGCAAAGACAGCUUUGUAUAAGGGCAUCGAGAAGGCCCAAAAGACAGGUAAUACGACCGCAGAAGGAGCGUUUCACGCCGAUCUUGCCGAAAUCUGCAUGAUGUUAAAGGACUGGCUAGGCGCAAGCAAGCACAUAGAACAGCUGUACCUUCUCUUCAAGAUGAAGGAUUGUGGUCCUUGGAGCGUUCCCCAUCACUAUGAUCCCAGCGACAUGUAUGACCUCCUCUAUCGCUACGCUCGGUAUGGGAGUGUAUUCCUCCGGCUUAGGAUGUUUCUCCCAGCCAUGCUAUUUUGCUGGCGCGCUUUGGAAGCGGUCGGAGCCGUCGAUGGACCCGAUGGAGCUGAGUGUCCACUACCAAAUGACCCUAACCUCUCUGUGGACUUUUCCAUGACCAUUCUUCGAGCUAAUUUAUGCAUACUUGUCGGUCAACCUCGGAAGCUGAUAUCUCCCGAAGAAUUCAACGCACUUGAUGAUCUUGGCCAGGAGCUCGUAACGUCCCAAGUGCAGAAGAAUUGGCCAGAAUUCGAUCUAGUAGGCAAGGAUAUCGCAACGCGGCUACGCAGAGCAUAUGAUGUCCUCGAGGCACCCGAGGUAGGAGGACCACCACCAAGCCAGCCCAAACCCCACGAUGUCAUCAGCCUUACCGCCAUUGUGAUGGAUUUGAGCAGAGGAGAGAAUGGCGAGCCGAAACUCGACUUGGGUUUCCGCGAACGCGGAUUGGAGAGACAGACGGAAUGGUAUGACGAGGCUGACGAUCCAGAUCUAAAUGCCGUCGAAGACCUCGUGGCGUUCUCAAGGGGAAUAGUUAGGCCAGAGAAUCCGCGAUAGAUGAUAGGUGCCGAGGUCGGUUGCGA